GAGGUCAUCGGAGUAAACAGAAAAGAUGGCGACGCCUUGCACCGGAGGACGGGUAUUAGGAACAAAUUCAGCCAUAUCAGAAAGCUGCGUUAAAAACCUGACGGAUUUACCGACGGAGUUGUUAGAGUACAUCCUGUGUUUCCCUGUGCUGAACCACGUCGACAUUUCUAACGUGUCGUGCUGCUGCAAACGGCUUCAUGAAGUGUGUCACGGCAGCGGGAAGGUCUGGGGACACCAGUACAAACUCAGGUGGCCACGGCUACAGAAACUUUAUCGGCAGAACGAAUCCUACGAUUGGCAGAAGGAAUUCAGGGCCAGGCUCAGGGUCUGUCUACAGAUCCAACGAACCGUCGUGUCCAUUUCCAAGAGAUUCUUCGCUGAAGUCCCUUGCAUUGGUCAGGUUUUGGGUGACAGCUUUACAGAAAUCGAGUCUCUCGGUGCGCCUGAACACUUCUGUGAAGAUGAGCUCCUCUCUAUUCUCAACUCAGACAGGAGGAAGAGCUUGACAUUGAAGUACUAUGCAAAGAAAAUUCUCUACUUCCUUCGCCAACAGAACAUCCUGAGGAGCCUGAAGGUCUUUCUGGAGCGGCCUCCAGAACAGCAGUCGGCCCUGGAAGGUGCUGUAUUGGUGGAUCAGUAUUGUAAUCCUCUGGCUGAUGUCACCCUCGAGAGUAUUUCUGCUCAGCUGGACGACAUCACAGAGAAGGUCAAGAAGUAUCUACGAGUGAAAAACGCUUCUCAUCCCAGCUUGAGAUCAGGUCCAGGUGACUGUGUAGUAGUGCAAGACUUUGAGCUUCAGCGCCAGGUCCUCUGUGCCCUCAACGCGGUUCUGUAUGAACAGCUGCAGUUUAAAGGCAAUGAAUGUGACUACUACAACCCGAUGAAUUCAUACAUACACCAGGUGCUUCUGCGGAGGACAGGCAUUCCCAUCAGUCUCUCUGUGCUCUAUAUGACUCUAGCCAGGAAGCUGGGGGUCCUACUGGAGCCGGUCAACUUCCCCAAUCACUUCCUGCUCCGCUGGUGCCAGCGCCGGACCAGCAGUGACGAUAUCUCCGACUAUGUUUACAUCGACGCGUUUGGGAAAGGCAAGCAGCUGACGGCGAAAGAGUGCGAGUACCUGAUCCGACAGCAGGUGACAGCAGAUUACUACAGCUCCAUCAGCACCACCGAACUGCUGCUGCGCAUGGUGGGCAACCUGCUCAACAUCGGCAAGAGGGGAGAAGGCAGUGAGAAGUCGUACCAGCUGCUGAGGGACUCUCUGGAUCUCUACCUCACCAUCGACCCCGAUAACGUGCAGUAUCUGCUGCUGCAGGCACGACUCUACUUCCACCUGGGCAUCUGGCCCGAGAAGGUGCUGGACAUCCUGCAGCACAUCCAGGCGUUGGACCCGUCUCAGCACGGCGCUGUGGGUUACCUGGUGCAGCACACGCUGGAACACAUCCAACACAAGAGACACGCUGUCGAGCCCGAGGUGAAGAGACGCAGCGCUCCCGAACACAGCCAAGUGCAGUACUCUGUAGGCCUCAUCAUGAAACACAAGAGGUCCGGAUAUAACUGCGUUAUUUACGGAUGGGAUCCUAAAUGCUCGAUGAGUCCGGAGUGGAUCGCCACAAUGCGAGUGCAUCAGCUGACCCACGGAGCCAAUCAGCCGUUCUACAACGUCCUGGUGCAGGACGGCACGUGCCGAUACGCUGCUCAGGAGAAUCUGGAGCCGCACUCUGCUCCAUUGGAAAUCAGUCACCCGGAAGUUGGCCGCUACUUCAGCGACUUCUCCGACACACACUACAUGGCCAACGAAGAGCUCCAGAGCCAUUACCCAGAGGACACGGCGGAGACGCAGAGAGCCGUACGGGAGCUUUACCACUCGCACGGCACCGACUCAGGACACGCUGCAGGAUCAAACACUGACCACGACACCAUGACACCUUAAACACAAACUGCUCCGGUCUCACACACUGGCAUCACUACCACUCCCAGCUCCAGCUCCUCACUCACGCCAUGCUGAGAGAAACAAUGUCCAGCUCAGAGCUUAGAUUCAUGUCUCACUGCAAGUUUUCAGUCCAGAAGCUUGAUCGUAGUGCGAGAGUUUACACAGUCAUGUUCACGUAUCAUGGAAAUGAUCCUAAUUUAUUAUAAUCUGUGAGAUUUUUGUGAUAACAGAUUCACACACUGGAUCCCGGAAUAUGAACUAAUCCCAGGUUAGCACUUCUGCUCUAGAUUUUUUUUUUUUUAAACCCUGAUCCUGGAUCAGUCCUAUAGGAUAAUUCAGUCCUUGAUUUUGUAAUCCACUCAUCUGUUAAUCCAGAUUGAGCUUGUUACUGAUCUUCACCAUCCCGAUGCUCAUGCACUUACGAAAGAAUAAAAAAAUUGACCCCUUAUUUUUUUCUAAUAUAUUUACAAUUAAAUAAAUAGUAAACAAGAGCUUGUGAAAGCUGUCAUGUAAAAAAAGAUGAUGAUGAUGAUGAUGAAUGCUUCAAAAUGGUUGUAGAGAAAUGAGAAUUAAUGUCAAUAAAAAAAAGAGAAGCUCAAACUUUGCUGUCACA